GUGGGCGUGUUUGGAGACAGACACUUGCCUUGAGUCGAGUGUCACCUGCAGUCGCCUGCCUACUACAGAUCAACGGAGAGUGCAAUUACCAGCAAAAAUAGUUUCCAGUCGAGAGGAAUCUCAGAUGAUAAUUGAGCAGAAAACAAAAGCUUUUCCAAAUUUCACCUUGGACUACUAACCAAACCUUACGGUGCUACUCUGACAGGAACUCUCGCACUGAAAAUAUAUAUUUACAAUUUCUCACUUUUUUUGAAGCCAUUACUCCACCCAGGUGUUGUCAAAUCACUCAACCAGGAGAGCAGGAAACUAUUGUCCCCGUGCGUAAACUCUGCGUCCUUGCACGACACUGAUGGCGACCCCCAAGCGAGCCAGACGACGGAGCAACCGUUUUACACACUGCUACUACGAAGGAUACCUGGAGAAGAGAUUAUUCAACGACACGGCAUCUCGGAGACUAUGGACAUGCUUGUGUGGGAACACUCUUUUCUUCUUCAACAACACUAAAGACAACGAUUAUGUUGAGAAACUGGAUCUCAGUGACGUCAUGUCCUUGACAGAUGACUGCAGUGGAGACAGAAACCUGGAGGCAGCAGGAUUCCUCCUGUACAUGAAGGACGAAGAGAUCCAAAUCACUGCCCCAAGUCUAGAGGCUCGAGAACUAUGGAAAGGUUUCAUCUAUUGUGUAGUUGAGCUGUCAGUACCCAGCUCACUCAACCUGCUGCCUGGCCAGAUCCACAUGAUGAGGGAGACAGUGGAGACAGAGCGGGAGAGACGGAACAACCUGUCCCUUACCCUUGCUGCAGCAUCCAGCUCCAACCUCAGUCUCGUUGAGGACAUGCCUGCGUGUUACCAGCCAGUGUCUCGUAUCGAGGCAGAGAUUAUGUUGGAGAGACACUCUGACCGUGGGAACCUGCUCUUGCGGCCCAGCAGGGACGGAGUCUCAUUGGCUGUCACCACUCGACAGGACCUCAAUGGGUCUGUAUUCAGACACUAUCGCGUGGAUAGGAAACAUGACGGAGGAUACACAUUCGAUGUAGAGACUCCAAUCCCCUGUGCCACACUGCAUGGUGUCAUCAACUGUCUUGUGGAGAAGACUAAUGGAGCUCUGACACCCUUCAUUAUGGAGGGACCCUACGAAGAGAGCAUCACGUUUGUUCAGGCAAAUGAGGAGAGUGGAGAGAAGAGUCUGCAGUGCGCCCCCAGUACUCCCAUGCCCCCUGUGCCAGUCCCUGCCCUCCCUCCCAAACCAGGUCCAAGAGAGCGUGUGCCAACUCCAGAGUCUGAGUCAGAUAGAGGGGAGAUCCUUUACCUCAAUGACACCCAGCAAGAAAAGGAAGAAGGCACUGCAGUGCAGGCUGCUCACCCCCUUCAGCCUCCUCCCACACCUUUUCGUCUGCCAAAAGCUGAGAGGAAGACCCUGAAGCCACCACUGAUGCCCCCUGUUCCGACACCUCGUACCUCCCCCAGCACCUCUACAGACACCCCUGACGCCAGGUUGAGACGCCUCGCUGUAAAUUCUGUCCCACUAGACGUUGUGGCUCAGACCAUAUCUGCGGAGCUGAAACUGAAGUUGGAGAAGAGGUUGGCGCAUCAACAGUGAACUCUCCUGGCAGCUAUUCCAUCUGCAGGUGAAAAAACCGACUACAACACUGGUCUCGCAACAAAUUGGGAACACUCCCUCAACUCCCUACUACUGCCCUAAAGCUUGAUUAAAAUUGGCCCGACUAGGGCCAGUUAAGUGCUGUCGCUUAUGUGAAUUACACUUCAAAGAAUGACGGAUGGGUGCCGAAUGCCGUUGGGUCAAAUUCUCCCAGAGAAUCUGUCUGUAGUCCCAUUUAUAGCUGGUGCUAACACGUACCCUUUGUCCUGAUCUUGCCCACAUUUUUAGACUGGUGUAGAUGAUUAAAAGACACAUUGUAGUCAGGCAUGCAUUGUCUUGAUAUCAAUCAAGUGUAAACAGAUCUGGAUGAUCAAACAAUUGAAAUAAUCAUUAUACCAUCCUCUAGUGUUGUUGACAGUUAGAACCUUUGUCUUAAAAUAAAUACCUGUCAAAUAAUUUGCAUACAGGGAAUCUGGUCACAUUUAAGACUGUGUAAACAUGACAAACCUUGAUCAGAUAGUGAUUGGAUCAUGAAACUCACAUGUUAGCACAACGUGUAAACAAAGCUAAUGUCUCUAACAGACCGACAUGGGCUGUGUUUCCCUCAGUCUGGCCGCCUCCUACCCUGGGCUGCGUGCCUGGGUCUCUCCCGAGCUCGCUGUCAGCGCAGACUCUCAGAAGAUGAAUGCCUUAUCGAUUCCUCCAUUCCUGGAUCGUUUCAUCCAAACCACACACUAGCAAAUUAAGACUGUAAAUCGGCAUGUAAAUGUCACAUUAUUCACGCCAUGUAUUUUUUUCUAUAAUCCAAUAGGCCUACAGUAUCAAAUAUUUGUCUAUACCGGUCAGUGUUGUUUGGCUCUUAAGUUUUGUCUUCUGAUAUAACAUUAUCUUUACUGGGAGCAUUAUAUUUGUGUCUCUGUUCUAUGUCAGAAAAGUAAUGAAGCCAAUGUGUCCUGAUUGAAAUAAAACGAAUUACAGGGAUUAUAUCCUGUCUAUA